CCCCUCUCUUCUCAACACCCACCCACCAUGGCGAACGACUGGAAGAUCCGCGCAGACGCAUACAAGGCGCAGGUGCUCGCGUCCAUCCCCGAGGCGUGGCGCCUCAAGACCAAGCCGAGCGGGAAGGAUGUGCGGCACGUCGCGGAGACGUCGGGCAUCCUCACCCCCGAUGAGGUGCAGCUGCUCGCGCGCGACGCGACGCAGCUCGCGGCAGACAUUGCCGCACGCAAGUUCUCCGCCGUGCAGGUCGCCACCGCGUAUUGUAAGAGCGCGGCCGUCGCGCACCAGACGACGAACUGCAUCAUGGACUUCUUCCCGGACGAGGCGCUUGCGCGCGCGAAGUGGCUUGACGACGAGCUCGAGCGGACGGGCAAGCCUGUGGGCGUGCUGCAUGGCGUUCCCAUCUCGGUGAAAGACAUGGUCGCACUAAAGGGCCGCCGCAUCUCGGCGGGAUACCUCGGCAUCCUCGAGAGCGCUGAGGGCGUGUCGGCGGAGGACGCGGUCAUUACCGCGGCAUUCCGCGCCGCCGGCGCCGUGUUCUACUGCAAGACCACAAACCCCCAGGCUAUCAUGCACCUCGAGUGCGACUCGUUCCUCGGCCCUACGCUCAACCCGUUCAACACUGAUCUGACGCCCGGCGGGUCGACGGGAGGAGAGGCGGCGCUCAUCGCUGCCGGCGGCUCGGUGCUUGGCAUCGGAACCGACAUUGGCGGCUCGAUCCGCAACCCCUGUGCCAACUGCGGGCUGUACGGCUUCAAGCCAUGUGCCUCUCGCCUGCCCAAGAGCGGCAACAUGUCUGGCAUGCCGAACCAGGAGACGAUCGUGGGCGCCAUCGGGCCGAUGGGCGUGAGCGCGCGCGACAUGGAGCUGUUCGUCAAAGUGCAACUCGAUGCCAAGCCGUGGAAGGUGGACCCGAGCGUGGUCAAGAUGCCCUGGCGGCCAGAGGAGGUGGAGUGGGUGGGCGGCUCGAAGCCCCGCAUCGGCGUGCAAUGGCAUGACGGCGUGUGCGUGCCGCAGCCGCCCAUGCGCGCAGCCCUCAGGAUGGCCGUCGACAAGCUCAAGGCGGCCGGGUACGAGGUCGUGGAGGUGCAGCCGCGCAAGACGUGGGAGGCGUGGCUCCUCCUCAAGGAGCUGUACUUCACGGACGGGGGCGCGCGUGUGCGCGGCGAGGCCGCGCGGACCGGCGAGCCCAUCUUGCCACUCACAGAAUGGGUCAUGACGGGCGCGACGGAGAAGACGCCCACACAAGUCAUGGAGCUCGUGCGCCAGCGCGAGGCCUUCCGCAAAGACUACGCAAAGUACUGGGAGAGCCUCAACAUCGACGUCAUGCUCCUCCCCGCCAUGCCUGGCCCGGCUAACGUCCUCGGCACAUCCAAGUACUGGCUGUACACGGCGUUCUACAACCUCGUCGACUAUCCCGGCGCCGUGUUCCCGGCCGGCGUGCAGGUCGACCCCAAGAACCCGGAACACGCGCGCGACGAGCCCCGCGAGUACCUCUCUGAGGACGACAAGCGGACUGCUGAGGAAUAUACGCCGGAGAAGUUCGAGAACGCACCCAUCGAUCUCCAGAUUAUCGGAGGGCACUGGGAGGAGGAGAAGGUGAUGGAGGCGCUCAAGAUUAUCUCCAAGGUUGUCAACCCCUAGCAUUGUAUCAGGGCAAUGGAUUGCAUGUACGAAGCGGCAGGGUGAUGAGAGGCGAGGCCGCUCAAUUGGUGGCUUCAGGUGGUUUCUCGGUCGACGCAGCUCAACAGUCGACUCCGGCGUCGGUCCUGUAU